UAGCUAGACUAAGUAAGAAUAUUUAAUAAGAUGAUGAGUAGUUCGGGGGGAGUUAAAGGGGCACCGAGGACAGAAUCAAAACCCUCUCUCAUGGGAGGAGCAAACGGGUGCAGGCAAAAGAGAUAAAAAGCUCUGUUAAAGAAGCUCGAGCUACCGCGCGGAUUAACCUCCAUCAGACCAGACAAAUCCCGCACACUGGAGAAGAACUCUUUCACCUGUUCACGCAUUCCCCCCCUGCUCUGAUCGACGGUGUUAAAUGACGGCUAAAUUAGACUUCGUCCCAAAAAUAGCACCAGGUAAGGGCAGUUAGGCGGAAGCAGACUCGGGACCAGACUCUCCAUUCAGACGCAGUUGAAUAAACAGGAACGCAGCGGAAUGAGCAAUUCCUCUGGAGAUGAGCUCCAUGUAAACACCGCCUUAACAUUCCUGACAAGAUCGGAGGACCUGCAGAGAACACACGGGCGGCGAUGAGACUUUAUCUAGUGUAAUUAUUGAAACUUUGAUUUAACCGUCAGCGGGACACAUGCUGGAGGAGCUUCCGGAGCUCAGGAGGAUCUCAGCUCAGGUGCGCUCGGAGCUCGGAGCGCUGCAUCCACGCUAAAGCAGGGACCUUACACACACACACACACACACACACACACCGGACUCACACUCCCUGCCUAACUAAACCAAAGGGCACCAUGAGUAGGAAAACGCGCCGCUGGAUUUUUCACAUUUUCCUCUGCCUGGGGAUUAUUUAUCUGAAAAUCGGCGGCUUCUCCUCCGUGGUGGCACUGGGAGCGAGCAUCAUCUGUAAUAAAAUCCCGGGUCUUGCCCCGCGUCAACGGACGAUCUGCCAGAGCCGACCCGACGCGAUCAUCGUGAUCGGAGAAGGAGCGCAGAUGGGCAUCAACGAGUGCCAGUUCCAGUUCCGCCAUGGCCGCUGGAACUGCUCUGCCCUCGGAGAGAGGACCGUCUUUGGAAAAGAGUUGAAAGUGGGGAGUAAAGAGGCAGCUUUCACUUAUGCCAUCAUCGCUGCUGGGGUUGCCCAUGCUAUCUCGGCCGCCUGCACCCAGGGAACCCUGAGUGGCUGCGGGUGUGAUAAAGAGAAGCAAGGUUUCUACAACCAGGAAGAGGGCUGGAAGUGGGGCGGCUGCUCAGCUGACAUCCGCUAUGGCCUGAGCUUUUCCAAGAUGUUUGUGGAUGCUCGGGAGAUAAAGCAAAAUGCUAGGACUCUCAUGAACCUCCAUAACAAUGAAGUGGGGCGUAAGAUCCUAGAAAAGAACAUGCGCUUAGAGUGCAAGUGUCACGGAGUCUCUGGCUCAUGCACAACCAAGACUUGCUGGACAACGCUCCCCAAGUUCCGUCAGCUUGGCUACAUCCUCAAGGAUAAGUACUACCAGGCCGUGCACGUGGAGCCGGUUCGAGCCAGCCGGAACAAACGGCCAACAUUCCUGAAGAUCAAAAAGCCCUACUCGUACCGCAAGCCCAUGGACACUGACUUGGUGUACAUUGAGAAGUCACCCAAUUACUGUGAGCCAGACCCAGUGACAGGCAGUGUGGGCACUCAGGGCAGAAUCUGCAAUAAAACAGCACAGCAAGCCAACAGCUGUGACUUGAUGUGCUGCGGACGAGGCUACAACACACACCAGUACUCACGUGUGUGGCAAUGCAACUGCAAGUUCCUGUGGUGCUGUUAUGUCAAAUGCAACACAUGCAGUGAGAGGACAGAGGUAUACACAUGCAAAUAAAACAUUCCUUAUUCAUCUGUAUGGGACUAAACAUCUGUGAAUGCCUCUAAAAGUAAUUAGAGGCUUCCUGUGUGGGGUGAUGUGGAUCCAAGGUGUUUAGAAUGGAGAAACUUUGGAACAAGGCACUCCGAGGGGUCUCUAUGGUCCGCAUGAUCUUUUUAUUCACCUGGAGGAUAGCCAGAGGAUGUGUGGGUGAAUUAUUCCGCUUUGUUUCAAAGCUCAGUGGAAUGAUUUGGUGGUUGGUACCAGUGGAUGCCUAGAGCUUUCUAAACAGUGGAGUGAGAACGUUCCUGAAGUCCAGGAUUCUAUUCUGUUCUACAGGCAGUAUGGAAAACCCUUUCAGUGAGCUUGUAUAAAACUGGAAAUUUGGUUUCUCUGGACAUUAUGAAAGCAUACUGUAUAUGGACUGUAUAUGAUAUUGAUGGUAUUUAACAUUUUAUUUAGAGAAAGAAACGCUAAUAUUAAUUUAUUUAAUAAUAAAACUACUGAUUUUCAUGUGAUUUUAUUUCGUGUGUUUUUUUUGUUUGUUUUUUUAUUUUUACCAUGUUAUUUUGGUAGAAGCAACUUAACCAGCUUUUACACUUUGAUCCCACUUUGUGCUUUUUUUAACUGUCAUUUUUUACAGUACCCAUUGUGAGCAAAACAGUUGUACACCAUGCUGUUGGUGAUAUUACUUGUGAUAAACGUUUGUAGCACAGUUCCCUCAAUUACAAUUCAUUUAUAUUUAUAGCAAUAUACACUGGAAAUGUGCAUCUCUCUUGAAAGCUAACUUCUCCUAAAAUGAAUUAAGUACUUUGAUGCUGUUAACCAUCAGGAACAUUCUGAACAUUCUGUCUAAAAUAGAGCCUAAAAUAUAUUAUGUUUCACAAUACAUAAAAAUAGGUUUUGAGCAACCAUUUUCACAAAUAGAAAUCAUUUGAUGAAGAACCUGUACAUAAUAUUACCUGACACAUAGCCUUCUCAUGAGCUCACACAGAUCUCUCCCUUGGCUCUUGUCUUUUUAGUUGGCAGAGAAGCCAAGAUAACGAUUAAUUCAUUUUGGAACAGGAUAGCUCGCAUGCAGGAGAUGCCUCCACUUGCUACUGAUUCGGAAUGCUGAGGUCACUGAUACUGUUCUUGCUAUAUAUGUAUACUAAACAUUACGUCUGUCCGAUUUUGCUGCUAGUUUUUUUUUCCCCCCAAGGCGUCAACUUGGAAUCUGUAUAGUGCCUAUUGAAACUAGUGCUUUUGAAUACAUGUGUGAAUGUGGUUACCUGAAUGAAUUGUUCAUGUGCUAAGUUAACAGCAGUUAACAGAAUAUAUUUUGCAAGAGAUUAUUUUUAUAUGAGUGUUUUAUUUAUUUUGUUAUAAACUGUCCUGCUUCACAAUUUCCCUAACCUCCACAGUUAUGGGAAUCUAAGCUAGAACCUGCCUAGGAUGUCAUGGUACCUUGAGCACUGGUUUGGUGUUAACUGUAUCUCAAAGUCAUUUAACAACAGCAAUUUGUUCUCAGCAGUCCUGUAUGUAGGACCAAUAAUAUAAACUAAAAAUGGGCAAACACUCUGGUACUUACAACAAGACAUAAAACAUGGCCGCGAGUUUAACCAAAGAACAGCUGAAUUGAAGCUGGUGCUUCAUGGAAGGCCUUUGGUCCUAUUUCUAAUAACA